UUCACCAGUAGGAUGUCGAACUCGCCACUCUCCCCGUCGCCAGCUGGCUUUCCGCCAACAAUAUUGACACCUUGCCCUACACCUCCUUCUUCCGUCUUCUCACGAUUGUCUCAGCCUAAAACGGUCGCCAAGCAGUUGGAAGAAGCAGCCGUUGGAGCUUUACCUCCCAACCCGACCAUUGAGAACCUGCCCAAGAUUACCUGGAAGAACCGUUGCUUCGUCCAGGAGGAUUGUUAGCUCGAAAAGGUGCAAAGGGCAGGAAGAGCUGGAUUA